CGAAACGUAGGGAAAGCGCUACAGUAGUAACGUUACUAUCGCAGCGUCAGAUGAUUGUCUGGGAGUAAAAACACUGCUAAACGACUGACAGCUCGCCGCUCCUUCAGGGUUACGAAACGGUGGACGCUGUCAAUAAUGUAUAUUGGACCGUCGUUUACACGGUGAAGCCUCUCUCGCAGCGCUGAUAAUGCUGAAAAUGAAGCUACCGAUGAAAACGGGCGAGGUAGGAGGCGACGAAACGGCCGAGGACGAUUCAUUGGAGCAGCCGGAGCACCAACAUCUUCCCGGGGCUGUGCCUCCCUGUUCGGUGUCCGACAGAGUGGACGAGUCGCCCAGACCGUAUGUGUACCCAUCCCAGCUGGACAAGGAGACUGUUUUCGAGUGGUUCGGCCUACAUCUAAACCCCGCUAAGCGGAUCGAGUUCAUGUGCGGGCUGCUACAUAUGUGCCAACCCCUGGAGCUCCGCUUUUUGGGAUCUUACUUAGAGGAUCUCGCUAGGAAAGAUUACCAUGUUUUAAGGGACUUUGAGUUUCGGGCAAAUAGUCCGAGUGAUUUGGGAGUUUUAACAGACGUGAUCGACCCAGUUGUCCGGUCCAAACUCCUGGUCUGCCUGUCCCUCCUGGGCUCUGACAGCAGGGAAUGUGCUGGAAUACUCUUUCGGAUACUGAACCAUGUUGAUCAGGCCUUGUUCUACAAAAAUUACGACUACUCCCUUCCUCCGUUAAGGGACCCUCUCCACCCCGCGUCCCAUCCGCCGUGUCAGGACGGGAAUGUGUACGGGCGGUCGGAGCAGACCUGCGGCUUCUCCGCUAACGAAACCGCGGCGGGACCUCUGGAGCAGUUGGCGCUGCUUUAUACCAUGGCCUCCCUGCACCCAGCUUUCCAUUUCCACCAGCGGGAGAUAGUCCGAGGGCAGCUCGACAAAAUAGAGUUUGCCAUAGAGGAGGAGAGACGUCAAAGUCAGCUUAGAAUAAACGCCCAGACAACGGAGCUGAUGGGUCAGGAGGCGGAUUACCUGCCUUCCCCAGCCGCUUUGGGGGAAUGUACGGCCUCGCAUCCUCCAUGCCAGAGCCGGCGCUCCAGUCGCUGGGCAACACAAAGAGAAGCGGUGCACAUAGAGGGAAUCGUGCUCAGGGGCAUCUCUCGGAUCAGAAAAGAAAAGGAAUACAACUUUGAG